UGGAAAUGGCAAUAUGGCUUGUAUUGGCUAAAUUUUAUGUUUGUGGUGUUGAAGUUUAGAUUGUUAUUUAUAAACUAAAUAUAAUAUUAAGUCUUCUUAUAAUAAGAAUUAUGAGAACUGAGUUAAAUGUCGAAUAUUACUGACCUAAAUGAGAAUGGUGACACUUAGUUUUAAUAAAGUUAUAAAGCGAAAAUUGAGACGCUUUAUAAGCUAAUAAAUAAAAAUUUGUAAUAAAACAAUUUCUACAUUUUUCAUAAUGACGACAGAACAGAAAUAUGAUUGUGUGUUUUGCAAAGAGAUAUUCGAUGAUAAAGAGGCAUUACAAAUACAUUUCAGAAAACAUGGGGAUCCAAAAUUUAAUAAAAUAUCAAAGUCAAGAGGGCGCACAUCGAAUGAAGAAUCAAGUACUGAGAAACCGGUAGAGGAAAAUGAAAUGGUUGGAUGUGAUGUGUGUGAAGAAGUGUUCCCAACUAUAUCGAAAGCAAUAACUCAUAAGCAUAAAGUACAUCCAGACCACGAUGCAAAAUACUUUUGCUCAUUCUGUGGUAAAGUCUUUACAAUGAAGCAUCUUUUCAAUAAACACAUUCAAACAAACCACGAUGGUGAACCCACAAAUGACACAAGAGAUUUUUAUUGUGAGUGCUGUGAAGUUGCAUUCUAUGUAGCACCAGCUAUGCUGUAUCACAACAAGUUCUUCCACAGACAGGACUCGGAGCUGCCGGCUAUUGGUCAAUCAAAGAAAGUAAAGCUAUACAAUCAGGAAUUGCUACAAAUAUUCUAUUGUGCGUUCUGUGGUGAGGAAUACAACAAUAAAAUCAAUCUACAUAAACAUAUGGGCGAUGAUCAUGCUGAUGAGCAUCAAAGUCCGACCGAGGUGUUGCGAUGUCCGCUGUGUGAAGCCAUCUUCUAUCACUUGGAUGCGUUCGAGGUUCAUCUGACUUUCCACAGUACUGAGGACUUGUACAGUGAAAAGAAUGAAAGUGCGGAAGGGGUCACAGAGUUCUCAUUGGAAACAGUACCACCGAUAAUGGAGAAAGUCGAAGAUGACCAGCAACCCGAAGACAAUAUGAACGAAGAAGGAAUUGACAGUUUUCUCCAACUCGUCAUGGGCGAAUCCGAGGAGCCGGAAAAAGUUAAAGUAAAGAAACACAAAAAGCACAAGAAAUCAAAGAAAUCAGCCAUAACACUAGACGAGUUCUUAAACAUGAAUAAAGAUGUGUUCGGCGACGGUCUGGAUGUACAGGGCAUUGAGGAAGUACCGACGCCGUUCGUACUCAAGAAACCUAAAGUUAAGAAGGUCGUAAAUAAGGUUGUGAAUGCAGAUUUAGCUAAAUUGAAGAAAAUAGGCAUAACAGUUAAAACGAAAGUCGCCAACCCUGUCGCUAACAUUAAGGGCGUGGCGGCGAAAAUAAGUACACCCAUCACUAGCAAUAGAAACAAAGUGAAUUCAUCAAGUUCUCCAAACGAAAUUAUAUCGAAAUUAAUGAAUCAAGGAAAUAGUCAGAUAAAAAUAAUCAAGAAGACUGUACCGCAGAAUGUUGCGCAGAAUAUUAUUCAAACUAAUGAUCAGGACUCGGUAACUAAAGCUCCUGAUGUAGGACUAACUAAAGAUGUCAAUGAAAGUCUAAAUCUAAAUCAGUCUAUUGAAAAUGAAGCCAAAGAGGAAAAUAAUAGUGUUGUCGAUGACAAUACAGACAUAGAAAGUAGUAAUGUCCAUAAAGAUGUUUCAGAAGUAGGGGAAACUACACAUUGUAAAGAGACCGACUUGGAUAAUAUGACAAAUAUACCAAAGUCAAACAGUAGUGUAAAAGAAGUCGAUCGCACGGAACCAAAAACAUCAGGACAGAAUAAUACAGAAGAGAUUUUAGAAGGCGGCGGUAAUAUAUGUGAGGCGACCGACAAUUUUCAGCCCAGUCAAAAAAAAGAUGACAUUAUAAGCGAGUCCACCAGUUCGUGUAUUAAUACAAGUAAAGAAAACGAAGGUGACAUCGAAAGAGACGUGGAUAAUGUAGCUUUAAAGACUUUAAACGCUUUAAAACAUUUAAGUCAUCUAUUAACAGUGAAACCUGUGGUGAAUAGUAAGAGUGUUCUGAAAACGAGCGAAGCUAACAAUGUUAACAAGGAAGCCGUCGAAGCUGCGAAGGAAACGAAACUAGAUAAACCGCUGAGAAAUUUAUCGGAACAAAUCACAAUAAAACAGCCAAAAUCUCCGUCGGUUAGCACGAACAUGGCGCCUGAUGGUGACAAUGAGAACGGUCACCCGGGCAGUGAUGUCGACUGUGAUGAUGUCUCGCAAAGUAACGACGGUGCAAGUAAAACUAACGCACCAAACCGAGUUCAUUCACCCUACACAGAGAGGACCUCGACACCAACGUCAACGAAGUCAAAUAAUUCAGUCUCUAAUAAAUCAUCAGACGCAAUUACUAAAAGCGAGUUAUGUCCUAAAAAAAUUGCAAAUUUGAAUAUACUCAAACGUCUCACAAACGUCACAGCGAAACCGCUUGGUAAAGCGAACACGCGGUCUCCGACUAACAUAGUGAAUAAAAAUAUUACAACUACAAAUGUCAAACAGGAAAAGGGUAAAAUUUACGAAGAAAUUGAAGUUUUUAAUAUUGACGAUUCCGAUAGCGAAGACAACGAGCAAACGGAAGUGGUGUCGGACGACGUGAAAAAAAAUAAUGUGCCCUUGGAUGCCUUGAAAAGUUUAAGCAAAAAUAUCACCGUGAAGAGCAGUCAACUAACAAACUCGAAAGUUACGACGUAUAGAGCCGAAAGUAAUUUCGAGAAUUAUACAAAAUUCAACAAACAGACGCCGGAAAUACAGAAGAGCAUAAAUUUACAAAAUAAACUCAACAACUUCGGAAGUCAUAUAAGGGUGAAAUCGAGAAACUCAUCGCCGAUAAAUAAAGAUAGCAGAGAUGUUAGUGACGCUGACGAUGAAAACGAUGAACAAGAUUUCGACAGUGGGUCGGACGAUGAAGGCGAUGUGAGAAUUACUGAGGUCCAUGAUGACCCUGGAACAGAUGGAGAAGGAAAUGAACAUGACACGAACGCCACGGUGCAGUCACCGUCCGGGACACACAGCGACCAGGAACAGGUCGAUGAAAACAUCGCCGACAGAACAUACGAUAACUCAAAAUCAUCACCGUUACCAAGACCAAAUGAUGCGCCAACAAAGAAAGCGCCAGGUCUAGAAAGCCUGAAUUUAAACAAGGAACUCACAAUUAAAUCGCUAACGAAGAAUUGUGAUAAUGACGACGGUUCAAAUCAUUCCCGCCACAGAGAUACCACUGAAGAAGCUAAAAACCCUAGUAAGGAACUCGUGCUGAAGCAAUUCAGACAGAACACGACCAACGAGCUACCGACGAACAAGACAUCGCAGCCGACCGGCGGGUCCGCGAGUCAGGCGUUCAACCAAAAAGUUUCUACAUCAUCAAACCAAGUAACCAAAACUGUGAAGAGGUUCCAAUCGCAAACCAUCAUCGAGGAGAUCACGACCACUGUCACUAAAACAAUCCGAACAGUUAAUCAAUCUACCAAUGAAGAAGUACAGAGCACCAGCCAGCUAGCGCCCAAACCUAAUGCGAGACCUCAAAAAAUCAUAAAUAGAUUGCCCCAACCGGGCAGAGCGACGAUCAGGCAAAUCACACCAACGGUGGGAACAAAAAUUAGAAGUACGGGCACGGCGGUGAGAUCACCAAAACCGCUGGUGCGUCCUUCAAAUCAACUGGUUCCAAUAAGGCCGUCCAAUUUGAUAAGACCCACAUUACCAAGUCCGUCUGCGAUAAGAAGACCUGUGCCCCAAAAAUCUAGUCCGCAAAGAGCAGCUAUAGGAAAAUUAAAAAUUUCCCCGCACGCCAUCAGUCAGACUGGUAAAAGACCGUCGGAGGAAGUCGCGCACUUCAGCUGUUUCAAGAAACCGAAGGAUUCCGGGAUAUUCCAGACCGAUGUCCAGGACAGUGAUGAUGAAGGGACGACCCAGUACUCCGCGUCUCAGAGCCAGACGAAAUACGCCAGCGUCACCAAAACCGUCAAGGGAAAGGCCGGCGUCACUGCGAUGCAGAUGAAAUCUGAAACCAGCACCAGUUCACACCAACUCAGCAAACUGAGCAAUGUUUCCGGUUUAAAGAUUGUCAAAACGAACGCCAGCAGCAAAGUGGAAGAGAAGUGUGAAGUGACUUCCGCAAACAAAAAUACCUUGGAGGCUCUGGAGAAGUUGCAGAAACAAGGGCUCCUGAUAAAGAAGCCGCGUUUUGAAGAAUACAGUGAACAAACGGACUCGCACAGCGAGAGCGACGCCGAUAGUGACAAAUGAUGAAAAUCAAUUUCAUUAACUUUGACGCGACGGAACCGUGAGUCUUGUGCUGACAUACGCUCAUUGGAUUUCAACACGCGCUGCAGAUGUGGUCCUGAAACAUCUCCGCUGGUCUCUGUAUCACUCGGUUGUAUUGUUUAUGAUGUUUGCUGACACAGCUAAGUUAUGCCAAUUAGAAUUCAAAAAAUAUAUAAGUUUGUGAUAGUUGUGUUUGUACAUACCGAGCUGUUUUGAAAUAUUGUAACAUAUAAAUGAGAAAAUGAAAGAAAAAAGUGGAACGUACUUGUCGGUUAUUUAUUUCAUUGUCCGAUGAGAAAAACGUUUGAAGAGACACAGCAUCAGAAUAUGGAAUUCUAAUAGUCGGGAGUGAAAAUUAUGCGUUUGAAGUUUUUUAUGUCUGAAGCAUGUGACCAGCGACUACAACCUUGGCAUUAUAGAUAUUGCGUUGUGAAGAUGUAAUUCAAAUUGGACAGUUCAUUGAAUUCGUAAACCACAGAAGUGAUUCGGAAGUUUAUUUUUAAAUAAGCUGAAGGUUGUCUUCGCUUAUAAAUAUAUCUUAAAUUGCGUUAAAGGAAUUUAGCUUAAUUAAGUUCAUACUGAUUACUGAAAAGGUUGAUCGUUUGUUUGAUUUUCUGUUAACAUAACCGCGGAAAUGUUUCGUCGACUUAGGUUUAUGAAGCGACUUAUUGUGACUUACAAACUAACUUCGCUAUUAAGAGAAUUGGACGCGUAACUAACUUUGUACAUAAUGUUUGUAUUGAAAACAUAGAAUAUUUGUAGAUAUAGUAUUUUACCGAUGGGUAAGUUAAGAGGUCUCUAUAACAUAUUUGUUCCUGAGUUAUUUAUACGAUUGUAUUUUUUUUUUUCUUCAAAAAAGAGUUUAAAUACAUAGACGGUAUUAAAUUGCAAAAUAACUGAAA